AUGGUGCGGCUGACGCUGGAGCAGACGGCGAGGGAGGCGGCGCCGGCCGGCUGCCUCGCCACGUUCCUCGACCUCUCCCACCGCUCCUUCACCGACGUGUCGUGCCUGGGGAGCUUCAAGAACCUGGAGCGCCUCGACCUCGGCCACAACUGCCUCCUCACGCUCGAGGUUGAAGGGUUUGUCCGCGUGCACCAAUCUCAAAUGGCUCUCGGUUAUCGAAAACAAGCUCGUGAGCUUGAAAGGUGCCGAGGUCCUCUCGAAGCUGCAGUACUGAAUGCUGGCAAAAAUAAAUUGACAAGAAUCGAUGAGGUCAAAUCUAUGACAAGCCUGGGAGCCUUGAUUCUCAACGAUAACAACAUUACUUCCAUCUGCAAGCUUGAUCCCCAUCAUCAGUUGAAUACUCUUGUUCUCUCUAAGAAUCCAGUUAUUACUUUUGGUGAUGCUUUGGUCAAUGCAAAGUCUAUCAAAAAGAUAUCCAUGUCUCACUGUGAAAUAGAAAGCAUUGGAUCUUCCCUUGCUGCAUGUGUGGAACUGAAGGAACUUCGGCUUGCUCACAAUAAGAUCACUACGAUUCCAUCAGACUUGGCCAAAAAUACCAAAAUCUUGAACCUUGACUUGGGAAAUAACUUGAUUGAGAGGGAGUCAGAUCUGAAGGUCCUUUCUGAACUGCGCUACUUGAGGAACCUAAAUUUGCAGGGAAAUCCUAUUGCUGAGAAAGGCACCCUAGCUAAAAAGGUCAUGAAAAUUGUGCCGAACUUGCGCAUUUUCAAUGCAAAGCCCAUAGAAGCCAUUUCCCAGAAUGAGAACUCUGGGAAAGGGAGUAAGCUGAAGAAGGAUGAAGAGAUGCCUGAUCGUGACCCCAUCGAUUCUAAUACGAAAAAGGAGAAAAGGAAACGGUCAAAGCAACAAGUGCAAAGCCCUGAAGAACCUGCUGCCAAAGACAUUCCUCCAGCUGCCACCAUUGAUGCCCCAGUUAAAUCCGCAUUGUCGGAUAGUAAGAAAAAGAAAAAGGAGAAGGUAGUCACGGAGCAGGACAAGAGCAGCAAAACGAAAAUCAAGGAUUAUAAAGCUUCUUUCGAUGAUACCGAAUUAAAGGCCAAGAAGGAAUCCAAGAAGAAGAAAUCUGCCAACAAAGAAGAUAAGGAUGCGGGAGGAAUCAAUGACACGGAGGUGUCGUUUGCAGAGUUGAUGUUUUCUGGAGACGGCGCCGUCCCAGAGCCCACGGCGAAGGACAAGGCCCAGGCAACUGCUGUGGAUGGGAAAUUUGUCGGGGGCCUGGUGAUUGAUCACUCCAAGAAGAGGAAGAAGGCGAAGGGCACCCCUAUCGACGCGUCGGAUCUUAAGCAGUUGUGCUCUGCGCCCGAGGUGGGUGCGGGUGGACUGUCGGGAUGGGAUUAG